AUGGCGACAAACAGGAAAGGUAACAGAGACGAAACUAUGGAGGUAAAUACAAAGCAAAAUACAGAGCAAAAUACAGAGGAGACCUUCAAACAAAGACAUGCAAAGCUAUUGAAUAAGGUAAAUGAAAUUUGUCUGCUGGCAAGAAAUAGCUGGGAAAAAACAAAGGCUAGGUUGCGUGAGGGACACAGUAGUAUAGCUGAAAGUAUUCCAAGGCCAGUGUUUCUGAAUGAUCGACGGAAAGGUGAGAAUAUAGAUGUAGAAAAUAUUGAUGAAGUAGACGAUAUUGAUGGACUUGAUGAUAUUGUAGAGCUAGGAAAUGGAUUUGAUGUAAUUGGUGAAGCAAGAGUAGAUGGAAUUUUUAGUUCAAAGAACAUUGAUGAUGAUAGGGACAAAGGGAAAGCAGUACUCCGGGAGGAGGUGGACAGAUUUCGUAGCAAGGAAGAGAAUGAGAGAGAAGGGGAAAGUGAAUGUGAUUGUGAGAUUGAGGAAGUCAGUGGACCUGACAAUGAUGAAGAGAAUGAUAGUGAAGUUGAUGAUAGUGAGGAUGAGAGUUACAUGGCGCAAAGUGAGAGCUCAGAUACUGAGGAGAGUGUUGAGGAUGAUUUCGAAGUAAAUGCAGAGGUUGAAGAUGAUGCUAGCUGUGAUAGUGAUGUAGAAGAAUUCGGCUUUAAAAAUGAUAAUGGGCCUCCACAAGAGAGGUAUAUGGAUGUUGGGCUUGAUGGGCUUAAGGGCAGGCCUUUUUUCAUGCUAGGGAUGACGUUUGUGGACAAAGAAGAAUUGAGGAGGGCUGUUGAUAAGUAUGCCAUUGAAAAGGGAGUUAAUGUGAGGGUAGUGAGAAGUGAGAAAAGGUUGUUCAAAGCUCAAUGUGAAUUGGGCUGCCCAUUCUGUCUAUAUGCCUCUAGGGAUGGGCCAAAUGUGGGGUUCAAGAUAAAGACAUUAUGCACUGAGCAUACAUGCGCUAGGGUUUAUAAAAACCCUAGAGCUAGUGUAAGGUGGCUAGCAGAGUACUUUAAGGAGAAGGUGCAGGAGAGCCCGCAAUUCAGUAUUAAUGACAUGAAGAGAGAAGUUGAACGUGAGUUGAAGGUGCACGUUAGCAUAUAUAAAUGUAAGAGGGCUAAGAGGAUGAUAAUGCAAGAGAUGGAUGGCAGUUUUAAGGAUGAAUUUGCAAAGUCGGAAGCAUACUGUCACGAAUUGAGCAUAUCAAAUUCGGGCUCAGAUGUUGAAGUUGAGGUUAGCAAUGAAGCUUUGGAGCAAGGCAGGAGAGUGUUUAGAAGGAUGUAUGUGUGUUUCAAUGCAUCCAAGGUUGGGUGGAAACAAGGCUGUAGACCCUUCAUAGGCUUAGAUGGGACAUUUUUGAAAGGGAAAGCCACAGGCAUUUUGCUAACAGCUGUGGGGAUAGAUACAAAUGAUUCCCUUUAUCCCUUAGCUUUUGGUUUAACUGAAAAGGAGAAUGGACACAGUUGGACCUGGUUUAUUGGAUGGCUGCGAGCUUCACUAGAACUUGAAAAUGGUGGUCAUAUCACAAUCAUGUCUGACAUGCAGAAGGGCUUACUGUCAGCAGCGAGUGAAGUGCUCCCUGAAGCCGAGCAUAGGCUAUGUGCUCGACACAUAUAUGCCAACUGGAGUAAACAAUGGAGAGGCAAUGAGUUGAAGAAGAUGUUCUUCUCAUGUGCUUGGAGCAUAUUCGAAGAACAAUUCAAUGAUAACAUGAAGGAACUUGGAAGGCUCAAAAAGCAAGCAGCCCAAGCAGCAGUUGCAUACAAUCCUACAGCUUGGGUAAGAGCAUUUUUCACUGCUAGGUGCCAAACUUGGAUGGUAGAUAACAAUGUUAGUGAGAGCCUAAAUGCUUGGAUACAUGAGUAUAGGUUCCUUCCAGUAAUUAGGAUGUUUGAUGGAAUUAGGUUGAAGCUGAUGGAGAAAUGGGCUGAUAGUACACGUAUUGUUAGUACUUGGAAGGGAGACUAUAGCCCAAAGUGCCUAGAGUUAUUUGAGGCCAAUAGGUUCAUAGCUGCAACUUAUAGAGUUAGUUUUAAUGGUGAUGAAGGUUAUGAGGUCAGUGAGGGUCAGGAUAGGCAUACUAUUUAUUUGAAUAGGAGGAUGUGCACUUGUAGAGCAUGGGAUUUAACUGGAAUCCCAUGUCAACAUGCCAUAUGUGCUGUAUCCCAUGCCAAGAUCGAUCCCAUGACACAAAUCUCACACUAUUAUCAUAAGGACAUGUUCUUAGCUAGCUACAUGACUAAAUUGCAACCUGUGAGGGGAAGGCAAUUCUGGGACACCGAUAGAUAUCUUCCUAUGCAACCUCCACCUGUUGUGACCUUACCUGGGAGGCCGACCAAAAAAAGAGUGAGGACUGAAGAACCACAAAGAAGGAAGAAAAUGAGCUCUGCUCAAAAUGCACAAGUCACCAUAAAUGAAUUAUCACCUCCUCAACCUGAGAAAUUAAGCAAGAAAGGUUCCACUAAUCGAUGUAGUCUUUGCAGACAACAGGGACACAACAAAUCCACUUGCAAAGAGGUAGUUUCUGUUUAA